UCAAUGCAAACUUUAAAAUUAAAUAAUUUUAGUUGUGAGUUUUUGAAAAUUUUAAAAAUUUUAUAUUUAGAAAAUAUAUAUUAAGACGAAUCUAAUAAGAUUUCAUAUAAAUAUAUUUUUUUUGUUAUAAAAAAUCGAUGAGAAACACUGUCACUCCAUCGACUUUACCUCUUUCUUUGUCUUACCAAUCACUCCACCAUGGACAACCACUCCACCACUCUAACUCCACCACCACAACCUCUCAAAUUCAUCACCGGCGCCGACUUUAAUGGCUGCUCCAUCAAAGAUUCCCUCGUAUCCUACCUUCGGUCCCUCAACUACCAAGUUGAAGAUCUCGGCGUCGGAUCAUACUACUCCAUCGGCGACCAAGUUGCUAAACGAGUUGCCGCGGAGGGGAACACCGCACGCGGCCUACUCGCUUGCGGAACUGGUACCGGCGUUCAAAUCUUCGCUAACAAAACGCCUGGAAUCUUCGCCGCUACCUGCUUAACCGUAGAUGACGCCAAGAAUGCUCGAUCCAUUAACAACGCCAAUGUCCUUGCCGUCUCUGGCAUGUCGACUUCCUCGGAAACCGCCAUUGAAAUCCUUGAUACCUUUAUUAAAACCCCCUUCAAAUCUCCCUGCCCUGCCUCCGGAAACAAAGAUUGGGAUCCAGAAAUCAUGGAGUUUCUCGAUAAAUCUGUAUCCGAAAUGGCGGAAAUCGGAAAAUCUACUCCAUCUGGUACAACGACAGAUAUGUCAGGAGAAUGUGCAAUUUGUUGCUUGGCGAAGAACAGGGAGUUUGUUCCAGUGGAGAUAAUGCCUGGAGGAAUGAUGAAGAUAGUUCGAGAAAGCCCAACAUCAGCCAUAAUAAAGUUCAAAGCAGGGAGUAUAGAGCCUGCACAUCACCAUAGUUUUGGGCAUGAUUUAAUGGUGAUGAAAGGGAAGAAAACAGUGUGGAAUUUGAGUAAAAAAGAGAAGUUUGAUUUGGGUGAUGGAGAUUAUUUGUAUACUCCAGCUGGGGAUAUUCAUAGAGUCAAAUAUUAUGAAGAUACAGAAUUUUUCCUGAAAUGGGAUGGUCCUUGGGAUAUUUUCUUGGAUGAAGAUCUUGAUACUGCUAAAGCUGCUCUUGCUAAGGAAUGUUCUUAAAUUCAAUAUUGAUUGUGAGGCUGUUUUCUUUUGAGUUAUAUGAAUUUGUUAUCGAUAGUGAUAUGUCAGACGAUAAUGUGUUUUCAAUAGCAAAUUUAAAGGACAUAAGGACUAUGUUCUUUUGAAAUUUGUAGUAGUUGCUUUAAUUUCUAAAAUUGGUUAGCUGUAUACCUUUUGGAUGUGUUGUUUUAUGUUGGGUGGUGCUUAUAAGAAAUUGUCUGUGCGGUUGUGAGAUGUGACAUACUUGUGUUACCAAUAAAUUUUAUUUUCUGAAGUUUCAUGAAAUGAAAUCAAAGGAGCUAGCGUUUCCUUCAUUUGAUUA